UGGGGUUUCAGUUUAGUUGGCCAUGGCACUCCAGUCAGUUGAAAACCCACGUAGAUGAGCCGCCUGCCCACUCCACCGAUUACUGAUUAAAUAAUUAUUUGCAAGCGAUUAUGGAUCUAUGUCUUCAGGGCUCGCAGAUAAACCUCGCCACACGACAGAAAUCGAAACCGAAGUACAACAGCCGCUCGUUGACGACUCUCCACAAUCCGAGUCCUCCGCACUUUCGGCCCCGUUCGGCAAACUUUCUGCAGCAACGCAGUCGCUCCUCGCCCUUCCUGGGACGACCACAGUCCGCGGAUCCGAAGUUCGGCCAACGGCUGAGCAACUACUUCAACGACAAGGACCUCAAGUCACACAACAAGCGGCAAGUGUCUUCCAACGACUUGCUCAAGUCCCUGCUGGGCGAGCCCAUCAGGCGUAGCUGGUUGUGCCGCAGCGCGUGCAACUCCUCGGAGUCGGACUUAUCCUCGCACAAGCGCACCCCCGACAGCAGCGAGGGGGAGCAGCAGCAGCAGCAGCAGCAGCAUUUUGAGCGCUUCCUGGUGAAUAUGCCCGCCGGGGGGGAUAAGAACAACAAGUCCUUUGCCUCCAACUGGAGCCAGGGUCUGGGCCUCAGCAAUGCGGCCCUGCUGCAGAAGACGGCCAAGCCGGAUCUGCCGGGGCGUGUGUCCUUCAGCAAGCCCAACAUGCAGCACGAUGCCGACUCCAGCGACUGCGACAAUGACAAGCAGGAAGCGCGGCCCAGCAUCUCCGCCCCCGGCCCCCUCACGCUGCCCAGUUUCCUGCCCCACGGCAGCAAGGCGGAGCCGCCGCCGGAUGCGUCUGGCCAGAAGAAAUCCGUGCACUUUGGCUCCACCGCAGCGGGCGAGGUGGGGGGUGUUCUGGCCGAGACGUACGAGUACCCCAAGUGCCCCUCGGAGAACUGCACCUGCAGCACGCGCUCCUCCUCCACCACCAGCACGAAUGAGGCCUCCUCCUCGGCUGAGGUCAGGUGUGCCUGCGACGCGCCCAGCUGUCGCUAUUUGGAGUCCACUCCGCUGCUGGACAUGGCGCUUCCUCCUGCUCCUUCUGCGCCCUCUGCUCUUCAGGUGGUUCCCCCCAAGGCUUCCACGCCAGAGCUGAACGUCAUAAGGGAGUACAAGCAGGCAGUGGGGGUGCAGGUGCAGGUGCAGCUCGUGAGGAAUCAUCUCGCCAUGGAGCCAACAUUGAACAACAUUGCCAAGCCGCUGCCCAGCUAUCUGGACAAGUAUGCACCACUUCCACUUCCACUUCCAGUUGCAGUUGCAGUCCCGCCAGCUGCCAAGGAAAAGCAGAACAAUCUGUCCGAGACCAAGAACCUGGCCACUGCCAUUCCGAGUGGUCCGAGUCCCAAGGAUAACGGCCCCCCCUACAGAGCCAGUGCCAGCGGUCGCAAUUUUGGGGCCGAGAACAACUUUCUGCCAGCAGUGAUCCACGAAGAUCGACGACAGUUUGGCAAUGGCAAUGGCAAUGGCAAUGGCAAUGGCAACAGCAGCGCAGACUCCGUCAUCAGCAACUACCUAAAGGUGGCAUCCACUCCGCCAUUUGUGGGUAAGAAGAAGGAGAACGUCAAGCCAGCCAGUGCCGAGGCCAGCAGCAACAGCAACAGCAACAAAUCGAAGCUGCCAAAGACAAACUGUCCAGCUGGGAAGACGCUCAAGAAGGCGGUCAGUGUGGGCAGCCUGCGGGAGGAGCGGAAGCUCAGUGAGUACAAUCUGGACAAGGUGGAUAGCUGGAUGAGCAUGCAGGAGCAGAAGCAGACACUGGCCCAGUUUGAGGCGUUGCACAAGCAGGGCCUUGCCCUGGAUGGACUGGAGGAGGCCAAUGACAUCGACAGUGGGUCGCAGCUGUCGCUGAAGUCAAACGAGGAGGACUCCAGGGACUCCACCUACGAUGAGAUCGUGUCGGUGAUCAAGGAGAUCGAAGAGGACAAGAAGAGAGAUAACUAUGCCGAACGUCUGCCCGGCGACCUAAAGCUCAACCUGAAGUUGGAUUCCCAUUCCCGCUGCGAAACCGCCGAGACAGAGGUGACUCUGAGUGAGGCAGCUGUCCAGGAGAGCGGCGACAAGUACAAGGACAUCCUGGCCUAUCUGAACAAUGUGGAGAGCAGCUGUGACAAGACGCUGAUGGAAACGCGUCGCUCCAUGCCGGACAGCAAUCGCUCGGAGGUUGAGUUUGUGGUGGAGCCCGACAUAACGGACGAAGUGCCCAAGCUAUCGGAACUGCUGAUGCUGCCCAAUCAUCAGCUGGCCCGCCGCGUCAUCGGCCUGAGCCUGCGCGCCAAUGAGCUGGCCAAUGCCAUUCACAUGUCCAAGGAGCAUGUGCUGCAGUUGCGCGAGGAUAAGCAAAAGUCGCUGCGUGCCGAGAAGAGCAGCAAUGCCGGCAAGCUGCGCGACCAGAAGAAACACUACGAGGAGGUGGUGACCCGCCAUCAGGGCUUCAUUGAGCAGCUGCUGAAGGACAAGGGAUCGCUGUGCGAGAAGGUGGCUGCCCUGACGCGCCGUCUGGAGAGCCAGAACCAGGCCUGGGAGCAUCGACUGGAGACGGAGCUGGCGCGGGCCAAGGAGACGACACUGGCCGGCGAGAAGAUCCGACGCGAGCGCUGGGUCCGCGAGAACACCAAGAAGAUCAAGGAGCUGACGGUGAAGGGCCUGGAGGCGGAGAUCAACAAAAUGAACUGCGACCAUCAGCGGGAGGUGACGGAGCUGAAGCGCAGCCAUCAGAUGCAGUUGCUGGACGCCCUCGAGGAGGCGCGCCUGAAGCACGAGCAGAUCGAGACGGGCAUACGGGAGAGCUGUGCACAGGAUCGCGAGUCCAUAAUCGAGAAGGAGCGCACGGCCAUUCGGGAACGCUUCGAGCGCCAGCUGCAGGAGGAGCAGAGUGCCCAGGCGGAGCAGCGGCAAAAGCUGAGCGAGGAAUUCGCCGCCGAACGGGAGCGCCUGCAGACGGAGUUGCGGCAGAAGGAGGGCGACUACCAGGCCAAGCGCCAGGAGGCGCAACGCGAGCAGGACAGCGAACUGGAGCAGGCCAAGUUCGAGAUGCAGGAGCGGAUGGCCAAGCAGGAGGAGAAGUACCAAAACCGCAUCAACACCAUCGAGCAGCAGUACCUGUCCGACUUCGAGCUGUGGAAGGCGGAGUACGAGAACAAGUGCAAGAUGGACCAGGCCGAGAAGGAGAAUGCCAUCAGGCAGCACUAUCGGGCGGAGCGCGAUCGCCAGUUGGACGAGCUGGUGGUGCGUAUGGAGGCCGAUGCCCUGCAGAACGGCGAGGAGCACGAACAGAAGAUCGCUCGCCUCAAGGACAAGUACGAGAAGGAUCUGACCCUGGCCGAGAGUGUGGAGAAGUCGCUGAGGGAGAAGUAUGCCGAGACGCGGGGCAAGCUGGCCGAGGCCGAUGCCCAGAUGCGCAACUCCCAAGCGGAGGUCCAGCAACUGCAGCUGGAGCUCAGGCACAGCAAGAAGAUGUGCGGCGACAUCAUCAGCGAGCGCGACAAACUGCGCGACAAUCUCAAUGCGGACAUUCAGAGCGAGCUGAGCGUCCUCAGCGAGCGCCACAAGCAGGAAAUGGAGCAGCUGCAGAAACGGGUCCACCAAACCAUUCACCGGCAGGAGGAAACCAUAGAGAUACUGAAGGGCGACAACGAUGGGCUGCGACAGCAGUGCCUCAAGCUGAAUGCUGUCAUUCGGCAGCAACGCAAGGACUAUUGCGUCAAGUAGUUGUGGCAGUGCCAGUAGCUAGGAUAGUAGAUAGCUUCAUAAACAUGAAUACUUCCAGCGAGUAAAAAAGGAACAAUUAGAAAUGUAACCGCUUCAUGCAUUUUGUUUAUUGAUAUCCCGCGAAUUACGAAUUGCUGUCUACAUGUGUACUAGAAACUAGAUCUGGUUUAUCUACCGCAGCCAGUGCCGUGCCGUCGUGGUUCAGGCAUCGGCAACGAAUUGUAGCCACUCGAAUAUCUGCUGAACUCUCGCUUCUGCUUGCAGAACACAGAUUCCGCGCAGACAAACAUCUUCGUUUCCCCACAGUCGUCAGAGCGGACAGUGAAGGUUUUCUCUCUCCCAGCCUUGACAAGGCCACAGUGAUGGUCUGCGUUCAAAUUAUGUGCGGCUGGCAAGGAGGGCUUCUUGAACUUAUUUGUCACGUAUGACCAUUUCGGCUGGAAAUGUUUGUUCAAGCCAAACCAGUACUCCGAGUGACUUACACUGAGGGAGUUCAGAAUUUCAAAGUGUUUGGGUGUAUCAAAGUCUGCCAGGCACAUGCUCAUUCCCAUGCAUAUGUUUAAUGCACCGGUCCAGUUUCGCUACGUGAACGAGAUCUGU